AUGGGGAGCUGUGGUAGAGAACAACAAUCUGCUAGAUAUGCAGAUUCCUUGCACAAAUGGGACAUGAGAAACUCACCAGAAUAUGAUUACGGAGCGGAGAAGCAGUCCAUCUACCACAUAGAUUUUUGUGGUGGUCGUGUUCAUGUGGAAAAUGACGAAGUUGUCAAAAGUUAUGAACAUAAUCAUGUACCAGAUAAUGCUCAAGUGGAGUUAAAGGAAUUAAUGUAUAACAUGAAACACGAUGCACAAACCUCCGCUGCUACAAGUCAUGGAGUCAUAGGAAAUUUAGCAAGUCAGUGUGGUGGUCGUGUUCAUGUGGAAAAUGACGAAGUUGUCAAAAGUUAUGAACAUAAUCAUGUACCAGAUAAUGCUCAAGUGGAGUUAAAGGAAUUAAUGUAUAACAUGAAACACGAUGCACAAACCUCCGCUGCUACAAGUCAUGGAGUCAUAGGAAAUUUAGCAAGUCAGGUUCCCUUAUCGGUUGCAGGUCAAUUACCCAGCGUAGCUAGUUUGAAAAGAACAAUACAACGUGCUCGUCGAACUAAACUAAAUGCUCCUGUAAACCCUUUAAACUUUAGUUUUGAUAUUCCUGAAGAUUUUACAAAGACGAAAAAUGGCGACGAUUUUCUUCUUUUUGAUAACAAAUCGGAUACAAAAAGAAUAUUAUUGUUUUCAACGAAAAAUAGUUUGGAGUUAAUGAAUAAUUGCCUUAAUUGGUUUUGCGAUGGCACUUUUACUUGUUCACCUAUUCCGUUUAAACAGUUAUAUACCAUUCACGCUGUACAUUAUUCAAAUGUUAUCCCUUCUGCUUACGCUCUUCUACCCGACAAAAAAGAAGAUACAUAUAUACAAAUGUUUAAGGCUCUUAAAUCAUUAAACCAAAAUUUAAAUCCCAAGUCUAUUAUGAUGGAUUUCGAAAAAGCAGCGAUGAAUGCUGUUAAAUCUGAAUUUCCAAAUACCUCAAUUAAUGGAUGUUUUUUUCACCUAUCACAAUGUAUUUGGCGCCACUUACAAGAAGCAGGGUUACAAAAAAAUUACAUACAAGAUUCUGAAUUUGCCUUACAUAUUCGUAUGUUACCUGCUCUUGCUUUUGUGCCACAAAACAAAGUUAUAAAAGACUAUGAAAAACUUUUAGACUCUGAAUACUUUUCUGAAAAUGAAGAACUUUUAAUGCCAAUUAUAGACUACUUUGAGGGCACCUGGAUUGGCCGUUUGCAUCGUAGAGGCCAAAGAAGAGAUCCGAUCAUCCCCAUUAGUGUAUGGAAUUGUUAUGAUUUAGUAGCGGCAGACCUUCCACGUACUAAUAAUUCAGUUGAAGGAUGGCACAAUUGUUUUUCGUCUACACUUAAUUCAUCCAAACAUCCAUCAAUUUGGAGAUUUAUACAUGCACUCCAAAAAGAAGAAAGUAUUAAUACUUUAAAAAUUCAGCAGUAUGUCGCGGGUCAAGAACCACCAUCAAAAAAAAUAUAUAAAAAUAAAAGUGAAAAUUUAAAAAAAAAUAUGUGCAGAUUAUAAUAACCGUGCAACAAUGGAUUACCUUCGUGGUGUUGCAUACAAUUUCCAACUACAAAUAUAAAAACUAUGUACUUAAUAUUAUUGACAUCCACAAACUUGGAAAAAUACUCAACAUUAUAAUUAUUUUUUAUG